UCGAACUAGAACGCCGAGGGCAGAACAAUUGUGUUUUGGAUUCCUUGCCGUGCGGAUCGCAAACGCGAGUUGUAUGCGAAGAGCGUAGUAGUAGCAAAACGUACGAAGUAGCUAAAACAACAGGAAAAAAGAAGACUAAAAGCCAGUCAGUCAGCCAAAAAACACAAACAUUAGUGCUUAUACAUUUUUUUUAACUGUGUCUUCUGAUAUACACUAUACAAUAUAAACGUCGUAUACACCACGAAACGGAUUUUAAACAGAGUGUGUUUUUUGUCCGAUUAUAAACUCCAAAAGUAUCAGAGUGCGUGUGUGUGUGUGUGAGUCGCAGUCGACGUCGCUGCUUUGGGGACAGAGCUGCCAGAUCGCGAGUUAUGAAAGCGCAAGCGUCGCACGCAAGUAGCAACAACAGCUACAACAAAAGCACCUAAACCUACAAAACACCAGCUAGCCAGCACACUUUUAUACAUCUCUAUAUAUAUUUUGAUACAAAAAAAUAUAUAACUCGACUCUCAGAAUAAAUCUUGAAAGACUAAAAAACCCAUACAAAAAACCAACAUGGAUAGCAGCAGCGAGCAGUUGAACGGCUCUGGAGCUUUGAAUUUUAAGCGGCCCAAGGAUUCUUCCGCGGAGAACUCGACAAACAACAAUAACAACAACAACAACAGCUCGUCUUCGGGGAGCCCAAAGAUGGGCAGUCGUCGGAUUUUCACGCCCCAUUUUAAGCUGCAGGUGUUGGAAUCGUACAGAAAUGAUAAUGACUGCAAGGGCAAUCAAAGGGCCACGGCGAGAAAAUAUAACAUUCACCGCCGGCAAAUCCAGAAGUGGCUGCAGUGCGAGUCGAAUCUGCGAUCUUCGGUGGCCAACAACCAGCAGCAGCAGCAGCAGCAGCAACACCAACAGCAGCAGCACCACCAGCAGCAGCAGCAACACCAGCAACAUCAGCAGCAGCAACUCCUCCCGCAGCAAUCGGUAUCGCCCACACCGUCGGCGGUCAAGGUGUUCCACCAGCUGAACCAUCCGCUGGUGCACCAGUUGCACCACCAUCACGCUGCCGCGGCGCACCACCAUCAUCAUGCCCACCAUCAUGCGGCACAUCAUCAUCAUGCGGCAGCAGCGGCGGCGGCAGCAGCAGCGGCAGCGGCAGCAGCGGCGGCCCACCAUCAUGCCGCCCAUCACUUGCUGGCCGCCAACGGGAUGGUGCCACACCCACUGGCCGCCCAUCCCCAUCUGCAUGUCCCGGUGGCGAUUCACCCGCAACUGCAACAUCAGAAGGAGCAGCAGCAGCAGCAGCAGCAACAGUUGCAAGAAGAACAGCAGCAACAGGAGCAGCAGCAGCAACACAAGUUGCAGCAGGAUCUGGCGGAGCCAACAGCAACUAUUGCUGCAACAAAUGGCAGCAACCAAGGCUCCUCCUCGAGUGUCCUUUCGGCUGUGAAAAUCGCCGCCGUUGUUGCCGCCGCCAUGGCCACCAGCAAUGGCAAUCCCGCAGCAACGCCAGCAACAGCAAUCCCCGCCAGCAGCAGCAACACAUUGCCGACCAACAGCAACAGCAGUUGCAACAACGGCAGCAGCAGCAGCAGCAGCAACAGCAACAGCUGCAACACCAGCAACCAAGUGCCAAUACAAGUGCCAAUUCUGAGUGGAUCCCCAGCAGGAGGAGCCCCGUCAUCGCCAGCCAGUCACAUUCCACACAUGCCCUAUGCCUUCCACCACCACCACCACCAGCACCACCAUCAUCCGCAUCCGCAGCUCCACAGCCACGCCUUCUUGGAGAGCCGCCUGGAGGCGGUGGCCACGCCCGCGCCCAUGGACCUCUCCCUCGGUUCCUCCGCCCGCCGCCAGAUGCAGCUGCACGAGGAGGAUCCCUCGGGCGUGGACCUCACCUUCCGCAAGCGCAAAGUGGCCACCAGUCCCAUGCAGCCGGACAAGAUCAGCAAGCUGGAGGUGCAGCUGGAGGUGGAGGUGAUCAAGAAGGAACCCGAAACGGAGGCGGAAACCGAAGCAGAGGCGGAGGCGGAGGCGGAAACGGAGAACGAGAACGAGGACGUCGAGGUGGAUGUGGACGUGGAGACGGAGCAGCCGGAGGAGCACAAGCUGCCCUCCAAGCAGGUGAAGCUCUUCAAGCCCUAUCUGCUGGACGACGAGGAGGAGGAGCAGGACAACGAGUCGGAUUUGCCGGCUGCCGGCGAGGAGAAGCGUGACCAGGAGGCGGAUGAGUCCCGGGAUGCCGAUGACGACGAGGUGGACUCCAAAGUGUCGUCCGCCGACAAGAAGCAGCGCCGCCUGAAGAAGAAGCCAUCGGUGGUCAGCGAGCAGAGGGAGCCCAUCAUCUGGAGCAAUCAUCCGUAUCCCGGCUGCCUUUCGCCCGGCAGUUCCACUGCCAGCUUUCAGUGCCCCAUUGGCAACUUGCAACAGCAGCAGCAGCAGCAACAGCAACAGCAGCAACAGCAGACAUUUCCCGUCGGCGGCGGCGGCGGGAGUCCUAAUCAACAGUUUCAGGAUAACUGCGGCGGCCCCAGCAAGGCAACCACGCCCCUCAGCCCCUUCUCGGGCCCCGCCCUCUCGCCCACCGGCUUCUGCUGCCCCAAAGGAUCGCCCGUCUCCGGCUACGAGAGCAGCUCCUCCACCUACAGCGACAGCGGCAGCAACUACAGCCUCAAUCUCCAGCUGCACGCCGUCUACAACGACAAUCUGAUGUACAUGCAACAGCAGCAGCAGCAACAUCAGUUGCAAAGCCAGCAGCAACAUCAGUUGCAACACCAGCACUUGCACCUGCAACGCUGGCUGGAUCAGGAGUCGCUGGCGAGUGCAAGGACAUCGUCCUCGUUGUCCGCCAACCUGCCGCUGAUCCUUGUGGCGGAUCCUGCGCCCACAAACCUGACCCUGGUGGCCUAAAAAGGGGGAAAAAAAGAGGGGGAAAGGGGAGCACACACAAAUACACACAUACAACAUUGAACACUGAAUCGUAGAGAGUAAGGAAAGCAGCAAUCCCACCAAUCGGAUCGGUUACAACGGCAGUCACUGGGCCUGGCCUUUUAGUUCCCUAAGCCAUAUUUAAGAUACAGCAGAACACAUUUUUUUUAGCUCUACCACCUAAGUUUACCUUAAACAACAACAACAACAAUUGUACAUCUAAGCGACGACAUAUAUCUUCCAAGCAUAUCAAGCAGAAAAAAAUGCCCCAACCCUAGGAUAUAAGACCCAAAUUUUUUUUUUUUUUUGGUUACCAACUAAGAACAAAUUAAGCUUAGGUUCAGUUUUUUUUUUUUUUUUUUUUCUUGGUUUAGCUUGUGUAAAUAAUUGUGUACAAAAACUAAAACAAAGCGAAACAUUUAAAUUUGCUUAAGAAUUUCAACGCUAAAUUUAAUUUGUAAAAGAGGAAGAGACGGGCGGAAAGGGGGUGAGAAAAUUGUGAAAAAUGCAACUGGAAAAACUGAGAAAAUUGUUAAGAGUAAAGCUUUAAAAAAUGAAACAAACACACACAUCUUUACAAAUACACACUUUUUUAUUUGGAAAUUGAAAAUUGAAAAUUCUUGUGAUAUGAAAA